AUGACCAUAAAUCUAAAUGGUCCUAACUUGCAAGAUAAGCAUGUCGCUACGUUGGACCCAUCUGCGAUAGCCGUGAAGACGGUCCAACCCUGCAGAUGGCACGGGCGUUCUGAUUCGACGGCCUCACUAGAUGACAGGAAUCUAGUUGAGGCCAAGAAACGUUUGAGCGCCGAAGGUCCACGGCUUACGACGUGGUUUUUUUCGACGCCUUACGUUCAUGUGUCGUAUUCUCCAGUCGUAUGCGAAAUCUCGUUGGAUGUGGCGACUGUCCCUGAAAUGGACAUCAGAUCAGCGUGUGAUGAUACGGUACAAACUGAGACCCUGACGAUGCCAGUCGCAUGCGAAGUCUCUGUGGAUGUGCCGACUGUCCCUGAAAUGGACAUCAGAGCAGCGUGUGAUGACACGGUACAAGCUGAGAUCCUGACGAUGCCAAUCGUUAACGCAAGCCAGCCGGACACGGUUCAGGUGGUAAUAACCGGAAAAACGGGAAAGCCUAGGUGCCGUUUGUUUUGGUCUGGCAUCAAGAAAAAUGUUAGGCGUGCAUUGUGCUGCGGAUGUGUGUAG